AAAAGCACAACACCAACACCAAAGGUUCCUCAGGAGCCGAUCUCUGAGGGAAACACCAGCCUCUAUAGGCCGUGCCUCUCAAUUUCACUCACAACGGACUGGUUAGAUUUAAAAACCAUCCAAACAGCCAUUUAUGAGAAGCGCUACAGUGGCGCUAUUGCGUGGCUCUGACGUUCCCUCGGUUAAUAAACAGGUUUAAACUUGAGACAGGGCCGGGCUGAGCUGCUGGUUAAUGACGGGUUAACGAAGAGCAUUGCCCGACACCCUCAUGGCCGCCGCCCGCACCCAACAUGGCCGCCGGCGCUUCAGGGCCCGCCCCGCGCGCAUGCGCCGUGCGAUGCAGCGCGCGCUGAGGGCGCUGCUCCGGCAGCCGCCGCAAUGGCGGCCCCGCCGCCCCCCGCCCGGCCUGAGGGGCCCGGCCCGCACCGCGCCGGGACCUCUCUGCGGUCCUGCCCGCCCGCUCUGCACCGUCCAGCGACAGCUCUGUGGCCCGGCACGCCCGCUCUGCACCGCCCCGGGUUCACCGGAGGCCACGCAUUAUCGUCUAGUGUACACCUGCAAGGUGUGCCAGACACGCUCAUCCAAAUCCAUCUCUAAGGCCGCCUACCACCGAGGGGUGGUGAUCGUGACAUGUCCCGGCUGCGGGAACCACCACGUUAUCGCCGAUAACCUGGGCUGGUUCUCCGACCUGGAGGGAAAGAGGAAUAUCGAGGAGAUCCUGGCAGCCAAAGGGGAGAAGGUGAGACGUGUGGCUGGUGAGGAAGCCCUGGAACUGCUGCUGGAAAGCUCAGCAGAGCCUGGGCCCCAAGGUCAGCUGGCAGAGGGGGACAGCAGGGAAGCCACCCCAGAUCCUGGCAGCAAGGGACACACCUGACACGAGGGAUUGUGGCCUGUGGGACAGACCUGCCACGUGGGAUUUGGGUCAUUCUGCUUGUGGCAAGAGACUCUUCAACUUCAUUCCCUGACUUCAACUGUGUGAUUUCAAAAUAAACUCGAGUGUUGGGUUUUU